AAAAAAAGUAUUUUUUGGGGCAGUGAAGUGAAGGGCACAGAAGAGAGAAAGAGGGAUGAACGACCUGUCCAAACCCCCUAAUCUGAGAGAGAACCACCAUCACCGCCAUUGGUACAGCUGCAAACCAAUCCCAAACACAGCAAUCUACGUGCUCGUCUCUCUAUUCUUUAUUGGCCUUGGAGUCUCCAUUUUCAUCCUCGUUGUGGUCCACAACGCCUUCUUCUUCGUCUCUCUCCUCUUUCUCUCUGCUCUCGUCACUGCCUUUUUGCUCUGGAACGCGCUCAACUGGAGACGAAACGGUUCCUUGCUCCUCUUCCUUCACUCAUUCCCCGAUUCCGACAUUCGCUUAGCUCGUGAUGGCCAGCUCGUCAAGAUCACUGGGCUUGUCUCGUGUGGGAAUGUCUCCCUACAAUCUUCAUAUGAGAAGGCCACCGGAUGUGUUUACACAUCUACUCUGUUGUACGAAUCUGGAAAACUUGGUUUGAGGCCUGCAGAUGUUAAUAUAUCAUGCUUCCAGUGGAGAGUAACAUAUUCUGAGAGAUUCUCCACAGACUUUUACCUCACAGAUGGAAAGUCUGGUAUCAGAGCUCUAGUGAAAGCUGGUCCUGAUUGUAAAGUUAUUCCCCUGAUCGUUGAGAGCAGACUCGUUAAUACUACAGGAGAAUGCAGAACUCUAUCUGCUCACUUGAGGAAAUGGUUAGGAGACAGAAACCUCUCAGCUGAAGCUCGUCUAUUGCGUCUGGAAGAAGGGUACAUAAAAGAAGGAAGCUGUGUUAGCGUAAUUGGAAAAUUCCGCAGAAAUGAUAAUCUUGUGACGAUUGUUCAGCCAUCAGAGCUCAUCUCUAUAGGAUGUAGGUGGCGAAAACUACUACUUCCAGUUGAUGUUGAUGGAUUGAUUAUAGGGGUCUCCGAACGGGCUAGUUUUAUGACCAACCAGAACUCUGUACAACGUUUAGAACAGUGAAAUGUGAAGUAUGAAAAAAGUACAAGCAGGGGCUUCAGAUUUUGAUCAUUAACUAACACUUAUUUAACCCGUUUAUAACUUUCAUAUAGUUGUAAAAAUUACCUCGUCCUGGGGAAAAAAACAUUUUGUUUUUACUUUAUUUUGACCGAGAUUGCUGGAUCUACGAAUAGGUGCUAACUUUUAUUGUAUAUUUUGCGUCAUUAACAUUAUUAAGUUAUAUUCUUAAUAUUAAUUAGAAAAGGCCUUCAUCAUCGUUUUCUCA